AUUGAGAAGAAGCGCUUCCGGCAGCCUUGAAUCACUAAUGAACACACCAGCCUUCCGGGCCUGACGCGACCCUUGUCUCAGGCCUCUCGGAGUCGUACAGCCGCCCAGCCCCGCGCCUGCGACGUGGCAGCCCAUAGUGGAGCCUCCUUGCCUCGGUCCAGGUCCAGAUGUCCCUGUGUCCGGGCUGCCCCAGCAUAAGGCGACCCCAGGACCCUGUGAUUGGCGCCUGCGCCUGCUGACGGGCAAGGAUCUUGCAUUAGUCUUUAUCUCUUCACAUGAUACCUGGCAUUCGGUAAAUGUUUGCUGAAUUUGAAGAGACAUAUGGGCAAUGAAUCUGGAAGGGGAGAACAUCCUUGGUCCUACAGUGUUGCUGACACUGACAUUUUUCUAAGUGGUCUUCAACUGCCUACUUUUUAUGUAAAUAACUGGCUAGACUUCACAUUUUUCACUACAGAUGCCCAUAACCUGCAGUUGCUAGAGAUUUUAGAACACUACUUUUAGGAUAUCAUCUACAUUUAACUUGAAAGUUCUUCCUUUCUUAUUCCAAAAUGUUGAGAUACUGGGGAGAGAUACCAAUCUCAUCAAGCCAGACCAACAGAAGUUCCUUUGACUUGCUCCCUCGGGAGUUCCGACUGGUAGAAGUCCAUGACCCACCCCUGCACCAACCCUCAGCCAACAAGCCCAAGCCCCCCACUAUGCUGGACAUCCCCUCAGAGCCAUGCAGCCUCACCAUCCAUACCAUUCAGCUGAUCCAGCACAACCGACGUCUGCGUAACCUCAUUGCCACAGCUCAGGCCCAGAAUCAGCAACAGACAGAAGGUGUAAAGACUGAAGAGAGUGAGCCUCUUCCUUCCUGCCCUGGGUCACCUCCUCUUCCUGAUGACCUCCUUCCUUUAGAUUGUAAGAAUCCCAGCGCACCAUUCCACAUCCGGCACAGUGACCCAGAGAGUGACUUUUAUCGUGGGAAAGGGGAACCUGUGACUGAACUCAGCUGGCACUCCUGCCGGCAGCUCCUCUACCAGGCAGUGGCCACAAUCCUAGCCCACGCAGGCUUUGAGUGUGCUAACGAAAGUGUCCUGGAGACCCUAACUGAUGUGGCACACGAGUAUUGUCUUAAGUUCACCAAGUUGCUGCGCUUUGCUGUGGAUCAGGAGGCCCGGCUGGGGCAGACUCCCUUCCCCGACGUGAUGGAGCAGGUUUUCCAUGAAGUGGGCAUUGGCAGCGUGCUCUCCCUCCAGAAGUUCUGGCAGCACCGCAUCAAGGACUAUCACAGUUACAUGCUGCAGAUUAGUAAGCAGCUCUCUGAAGAGUAUGAAAGGAUUGUCAAUCCUGAGAAGGCCACAGAGGACACUAAGCCUGUAAAGAUCAAGGAGGAACCUGUGAGCGACAUCACCUUCCCUGUCAGUGAGGAACUGGAGGCUGACCUUGCUUCUGGAGACCAGUCACUGCCCAUGGGAGUCCUUGGGGCUCAGAGUGAACGCUUCCCAUCUAACCUGGAGGUCGAGGCUUCACCACAGGCGUCAAGUACAGAAGUAAAUGCUUCCCCCCUUUGGAACUUGGCCCACGUGAAAAUGGAGCCGCAAGAGAGUGAAGAAGGCAACGUCUCUGGGCAUGGCGUGCUGGGCAGCGAUGUGUUCGAGGAGCCCAUGUCAGGCAUGAGUGAAGCUGGGAUCCCCCAGAGCCCUGAUGACUCAGACAGCAGCUACGGCUCCCACUCCACUGACAGCCUCAUGGGGUCCUCCCCCGUUUUCAACCAGCGCUGUAAAAAGAGGAUGAGGAAAAUAUAAGGCAGAGAGGGAGAGUUUCUCUUCAGACCUACAAGACCCAACAGAAAACCUUGAUGUAUUCUAAUUCGUUUCCAUAAACAGUGAUUUGACUUUUAUUCUUAAACACAGUGGGUUUUCCUGGUAUCAGUGGAACUGGAUUUAACCAAAUAAGUCAGUCUGCUUUUUCCUUUUGCAUCCAGUUUUUGUAGUUUUCCACAACAACCAAGCUACCUUUCACAGACAUCAUGACACUGGGAUGGUAAUCCAGAGACCAAAGCACUGUCCCUGACAUCUACUGUGUGACUGGACAAGUGACUUAGCUUCUCUAGAGCUGUUUCUCUUGCACAACUGAGAAGAAUCAUACUGCUUGACCUACCUUGCAGAGAUAUUAUGACGAUGGAGAUGUUAAGCCUCAAAGCUGUGCUUGAAUAGACUCACAAGUAAAUAUAUGCUGGUAUCAGAUGUCAA